AUGGAUUGUCCGAUCAUCCGCAUUGCACCGAACGAGGUCGCUAUCGCUGAUCCCACUGCAAUCAAGACCAUCUACUCUAUUUCUUCCGGUUUCACAAAGACUGACUUUUACCCGUUAUUCCGACCUUCCCUUGCCAGAUACCCUGAUCUCUUUACCAAUCUGGAUGAGAAAUCUCACGCUAGCCGGCGUAAGAUCGUGAACAAUCUAUAUUCCAUGUCCAACAUUGUCCGCUCGGAGGCAAAUAUCGACAAUUGUACCAAGACUCUCAUGGAGAAAUUUCAUGGGAUCGCGGUGAAGGGAGAUGCCAUCGAUGUGUCGACGUGGGUACAGUGGUACGCAUUUGAUGUCAUAGGCGAACUCUUCUUCAGUCGCAUGUUCGGUUUCAUGGCGCAAGCCGCUGACUACCGCGGCUAUAUCACAGCCCUUGACUGCCUCCUCCCGAUGCUGACAACAGCGUGCGUCAUGCCCUCCUACAUCCGGCCGUUUUUCUUGACAGGCGGUGCGAUCUUCCCGCGCAUUCUCAAAGCCCUCAUGAGCCUCAAGAAUGUUGAAACAGCAGCAAAGGAUGCUGUCGCUGAGCGAUCCGCACUCAUGAAGAAGGGAGAGGCCGACGGAAAGGACGACAUUUUGAACAGUCUGUUUGAAGUCAUGGAGACUAAAGGCGCGAAGGUUGAUUUUGGCCUCACUGAGAUCACAGUAGAGGUCUACGUUGCGCUGUAA